AAGCCCAAAAGAAGUUAGUUAUUCUUGACUGCCAGUCAACUUACUUUUAAGAAGGUUUAACAGUUCUUUGCAUAAGUUAAUUUGAGUUUCUUCGACUGGAAGAAGACUAACAACAUUUGCAGCACACACCACUGAAGGAAAAAAUUAAAAUGGCAGCAGUCAUACCAGCAGUGAGCACCAUUUCAUCAAGAAUUAUUCGAAUUUUGGGAUGUAACCCAGGAAUUAUGACCCUACAAGGCACCAAUACUUACAUUGUUGGAACAGGAAAAAGGAGAAUUUUAAUUGACACAGGCGACUCUGAUGUUCCACAGUACAUUAACCAUCUGAGAUCUAUAUUGACCAAUGAAGGCAUUGACUUGGCCCAUAUAUUCAUCACUCACUGGCAUCAUGAUCAUAUUGGAGGACUCGGCGAUAUUUUGAACGACAUAAAAGAAAAAACAAAACAUUGUCAAAUAUGGAAAUACCCUGGCGGUAAAAACUUGGACAACAUCAACAAGAGUAUUGUCAUAGAAUCUCUGAAAGAUGGGCAAGAAUUUGCAGUGGAAGGUGCCACAUUACGUGUUGUCCAUACUCCUGGACAUACCGAGGAUCAUGUUGUUUUCCACCUCGUUGAAGACAAUGUGGUAUUCAGCGGAGACUGUAUUUUGGGGGAAGGAACAGCAGUAUUCGAGGAUUUGUAUGACUACAUGCAGUCGUUGAGGGAAAUUGCCAAUUUGCAACCCAAACUCAUAAUGCCAGGACACGGAAAUGUGAUACAUAACCCUGCAGAGAAAAUAAAUUUUUACAUCAAUCACCGCAUGGAACGUGAGCAACAAAUCAUGGACGUGCUUAAUCAGGACAAGUCCCAAACAUUCAAAGAGAAUGAUUUGGUCCAAAUGAUUUAUACAAAUCUCCCCGAACACUUAGUAAAAGCUGCAGAAAAUAAUGUUAACCAUCAUCUUGUGAAACUACUGAAAGAAAAGAAAGUGAAGAAAAUGAAUGACAAGUGGCAGAUCAGUGAACAUACCUUCGUCAGAAGUUUCUAAGUAUUACUAGGUUAAGGGAGUUUGAAAAAGGCUGUAUUUAAAUUAUGUGUGUUAGGUUAGGAUGUGAGGAUAUUUUUUUUGAAUUGUGUACUUGCUAGUCAUUACAAAAUACUCUAAUUUAGUUAAGUUGAUGGAAAAUUGAGGUAGGAUUAACAUAAAUUAAAGUAUUGUAUACUUCA